AUGUUACCAUCACCCUCUCUGGCUGCAGCCAAUAGCAACGAUGGCAGAGUUCAAGCUACCACAAAUGCGCCAAAGCACAUUCUUCCCGUAGAAACUCUACCUGAGCAUGAUCCGGGACAUUUUGACUUCGAUCAGAACAUCCUUCUGAGCCCUCCUCCUUCUACAGUCACCACUGAUCACUUUCACGAUGAAACGAACAUUUCACCCACCGAAGAGCCCUUGGAGCUCGACUCUAUAUCUCAUCGCAACAUUGCAGCUUACAACCUCAACAAUCAGUGGGCCGCGCAACAGUCGCAGGAAGGGUUGACUCCGCCUGCCAGCGAGCCUAUAGCAACUGGUCUGCAGAUCAAGACCGAUAUAACAACAACCGUACCAUCUCUCUUCUCAGCCUCGCUAGACUCGGAUUCAUACCUUCGUCAGUCAAUUUCUACCUCCAGUAUACCCAGACGAACGCCGAGUAUCCGUGCUGCGUUGCACACCAGUGCAGGCUCUUUGUCACCCGGAUCAGCCCUCUCUUCCCCUCAAUUGGCUGCAAUGCUGAACAUCACACCUCUGCCAUCUCCUAUAGAAAUCAGUAAAGAUCCAUGGAGGUUGAAUAUUCGUACAAGGUCACGAGGUUCUUCCUUAGCCAAUAUCGAAGCACCCUCGGAAAGGAGGCCCUCUAAUCUUUCUCCCCCUUCCUCACCUCCCAAACGGAAAGCUUACAACGGCCUCCACGCCUCAGCCGGUACCCUCCCUGCUCACCGUUCUGGAGCAGACAGCGGUAGCGAUGCCAGCGACCAGACACAGAACCGAAGCAUAAGCGAUUACGUCCCAGAUACCAUGAUUUCUGCGAAGCCUCGUAAUGUGGCUGUUUCAGGCAACCUCCUCAAUCAAGAAAUUGUGCGUGUCCAGUCACCCAUGCACCGUGAAAGGUACUUGGCUGUUCAGCGAGGCUUUUCUAUUCCUUCACCUCCACUCAAGACUCCAAACCCUUCCAUCAGCAAUCUAGGGUCAUUUGCUGGACAAGGAGCAAGUGGUGAGCCUCAAACUAAGAAGGCUAAAACUCAAAUUUACACCGCAAAGAAUGUUGCGAAUGGGCAUGCUAGAAGGUAUAAAGUUAUUAGAUUGUUGGGACAGGGCACCUUUAGCAAAGUUUUCCUAGCUGUGCGACAAGUCGAGGACGAGGACAGCAAUAUCGACUAUACUAGGGAUAGCACCAAUCUAGAUGGAGUACGAAUCAGGUCCCGGAGGUUGGUUGCUAUCAAAGUGGUCGAGCGCGGCCCGGCUGGUGGAGCUGACGCUGAGAGGGUCGAGAUUUCUCUGCGGAGAGAGCUUGAGGUGCUUAAGGCCAUUAACCAUCCCUCACUGGUUCAUCUGAAGGCUUUCGGGACAGACAACGAUCGAUCGUUACUGGUGUUGAACUAUUGUCCGGGAGGCGACCUGUUUGAGGUCGCAAGUUCACAGCUCGAGGUUCUGGUUCCCAGCCUUGUGAGACGUAUCUUUGCGGAGCUGGUCUCGGCUGUUCGCUAUCUGCACCAAAAAUACAUUGUGCAUCGCGACAUCAAACUUGAGAAUGUGCUCCUCAAUAUUCCCAUCCAGGUUCAUCCCGAUGUUGAGGAUUGGCAGACCCUAGACCGAGCUGUAAUCACACUCACGGAUCUUGGUCUCUCCAGGCGUAUACCAGAGCCACCAGAGAGUCCUCUAUUAACCACCCGGUGUGGCAGUGAGGACUACGCUGCACCAGAGUUGCUAAUGGGUCAACCUUAUGAUGGCCGGCAGACAGAUGCCUGGGCGCUCGGAGUUAUGCUGUACGCGCUCAUGGAAGGACGACUGCCUUUCGAUCCACUACCUGGAGCACGAGGCGACCCGGCAAAGCUGAAGGCUCGAACGCCGCACCGCAUAGCACGUUGUGAGUGGGCUUGGUAUAAAUAUGGCGACGAAGACGGGGAGUGGGAUUCCGAGAAGGGCAAAGACUAUGAGGGAGCAAGACCAAUCAUUGAAGGACUUUUAACGCGCAAUACCCGCAGAAAGACUUUGGAUGAAAUAAGAGAGAUGCCGUGGGUAGAGAAAGGGAUCGUCAUUGAUGGAGGUCUCAGACGAGUCGAGGAAGAAGCGUUGUGA